UUUUAUCAAGGGCUUUCAUCAUGUGCAUGGUACACGUAUAACACUUUUGCGUGGAUGUUACAUUUCAGUAUAUAAACUUACGUGAAUUUAGAUAUUGGUGAAGAAAUGUUUUAAAUAUGCAUAAAGUAAAAUAUUAGGGACAGGAAUACCUUCUAAGUUUUAAUUAUUUAACUAUUUCUAGCGAAUUAGUUAUUUCUUGGAUUGUAAAGGAAAAAACAACCUUUUAAGAGAAACAGCGAAAAUACAUUAUAAAGCCAUUGGAGUUUAUUAAAGCCUUUUAGAUAAAAAAGAAAAGAAGUUACGUAAUAUUUUGUGAACGCUAAGACGUUCGGAAACAAAAUGGAUGUCAGCUACAUAGUUACCUUGUACGCUGUAAUAGCGGCUGUAUUGUUAACCGUUGUUUCGGCAAAGACGAGUUUUGUGAAGGAUCUCAAGACAGACGUUGUUUUCCCUCCUGUGAACAUCCAGACUAUUACAGGGAUCCCCGAGGGACAUCUCAGACCACUAGGAUGGCAACGGAAACCCGAAGGUAAAGUCAGAGAGGAGAAGGAACCGCUAACGGCACCCACGUUCUACAUGCGUUACGUGAAAAACGUUAGACCCGUCGUGCUGCGGAGCGUGCUAAAACAUGAACCCGUCACGGAACUAUGGGAAGAGGAUAAUUACUUGAAAGAGAAAUACGGCAAGUUGAACAUGACAAUUACCGUCAAGAAAGAGGUGAUGAACAGAGCUCCACAUAGAACGCGCCGGCGAAUGCUCCUCCGAAAGUUUCUUCUAGACUACAUGUACGAAAACUGGUAUCUCGCCUCAACAGUCCACGAGGAUAUGAGAGCCGAACUGCCGUUACCAGAAGCGGUGUCAUGCGGAACGUUCAAGGAGAGGCUCACCGAGGCUGAACUUUGGAUGAGUUCCGGCGGCACCGCAUCCCUCCUCCACUCGCACGGGGACCACAACAUCCACUGUGUACUGGAUGGACGCAAAGACUUCAUACUCAUAGACAGCAAACACCAAAGCGUAUUCAACUUCGAGCCGACCUAUCCUAAUUCCGGGUCUGGCCACUCCCCAAUGGACAUGGAUAUGAUCAACGCUUACAAGCACUCGCAGAUCGCCAAGACCCCCUGGGUCUGGUCUACUCUUUGGCAGGGAGAUUGCAUCUAUGUUCCAGCAGGUUACCUCCACCAAGUGCGAUCGUUCGGUCGAGGCAUUUCGUACACUGUGCAGUUCGCCCCAUCCCAGGCAUUUGAAUCACUGGACUGUGAAGAAGAGGCGACAAAGGGGAAACGACGGAAAAAGGAGAGGAAAGAGAAAACGGAUCAGUCUGAGGCUACAGAAGGGGAAAAGAAGAAACUUUCUCUGGCAGAUGUUCCAUUUAUUUGGACUUACAGUGAAGGCGAACGGCACCUGAGUGAUCGAGCACUUGUACCCAGCACCUUGCGGCGUCUGCUGCUGCUGUUGAUGCGAGACGCGGACCAACUUCACCAGGACCUGUUCCGGCACUUCUAUGAGGAUGCGCAUGGACAUAAAACAGAUCUGAAACCAACACCUGACGAAGUUUUCCACCUAAUGACACCAAACGACUCGCGUACCUACUUAUCACGUGACGAGGUGAAGGCUCUCGCAAAUUCUCGUCUGCAAUCAGUUUGUGAUUUACUUAAUGGCGCCAAAAGCAGGAUACGUGAUGAACUGUAAUGUACGUGUAUCGUCCUCUGGCUCAUUCCAUUGGCUCAAAUCUGAUGUGAUGUCAUCAUUGUUCUGUCUGACUGCUGUAUUGUUUUGUUCUGCAUUGUGUAGAAAUUUUGUUACAUCAUUCUGUUUUAUUUCUAAGCGCUAUGUCAAUAUAUCGACCUAUUUUAUGCAUAUCGUAUUUCAAACAACCAUGUACCAUUUUAACAGAAUACUAAUUCAAAUGAAUAUUAGGUUUUGGUUUAGAUUUCAAAAACAAUUAUUUAGACGAAUGAUGUUAUACAUAUAUGUAUUUUCUGUAAUAAAAAAAAAUCCUUAAAUCAAUAAUUAGUUUUCUUUCAUGU